AUGUCGAGUCGUGGCACGUGCUCCCCCGAAGAUAUGAACCACCACGUGGUCUUACCAAGUGCUCAAGCCUUUGAGCGGUCCCUUGUGGAUGCAGUCUACGAGUCUUGCAUACGACGCAUGUCCCGCAACCUUCAUAUGAGCGGCCGACGCCGCCAAUUGUUGCUGCUUCCCUGGGGGCUUAUCUUGUCACACCUCCUGAGACAGUGUUCGUUGAUGAUGCCUGGCGGGUGUCGGCUCUGCGGCCUAAGAACGGCGCGGCUUGGCCCGUAUCUGGCCACGGUGUCGUCGCUUGUUUGUAUCUGUGCCCGCCAAGCUCGCCCGGUGUGUCCGAUGCGGCGUCAAGGCUUUCCCACUCUGGUUCGAUGCCGGCUGUGUAUCCUGCGCGACGGGAAGAAUACGACGUAUUCACUUGACUUGAUUGGGUGUAGUAGAACAAGCACCUGCGUCUCGAGGCGACUGAACUUCUAG